AUGGCCCUGCGUCAAAUGAUUGCUGAAUCAUUCAGUAAAGUCCUGGUGUUAUUCGCAAUCGUGGUGUUCGUCUUUUUGUUUGCACUCACGAGAAGGAAGAAAAGCCUCCUGUCCUUACCCCCUGGGCCUCCAGGAGAGCCAAUCCUUGGACACCUCCGUAUCAUCCCUACAGACAAUCCAGAGUAUGCCUAUAUGGAAUGGUCAAAGGAGUAUGGCUCGGACAUCCUCUCCUUCAAUGUCUUGGGGCAGACCGUGGUGGUCUUAAAUUCGGUUCGGGUAGCCUCAGACCUCCUGGACAAGAGGGGGGCCAAUUACUGCGACCGGCCCCGGUUCGUGCUAUUCGAAGUGAUGGGAUGGGUGAAAACGCUGACGUUCCUGCGAUGGGGCCCGACAUUUCGUAUGCAUCGCCGCAUAUUGCAGCAGGGCUUCCAGAAAAGGAACAUUGUGCAGUACCGGCCGCUGCAGGAGCGAGAGGCGGCUGUAAUGCUCAGCGGGUUCCUUGAGAAGCCCUCGGAGUGGGAGAAUGUAAUGAGGCGCUUUGCCACAGCCGUUGUUUUGGGCAUUGGGUUCGGAAUCAAGAUCGGCAGGGCCAGCGAUGGGUUUAUUCAAAUUGCCAUGGAUGCAAGCUAUGCCCUCGGCCAUGGGGGAGCACCAGGUGGUACCCCUGUGGACUUCUUUCCGAUGCUGAAGAAUCUCCCGAUGAUGUUCCACGACAGGUCGCUUAAGUUUGCGCGUGAGUGGCGCUUUGCCAUUCGGAAUCUACAUGAUAAGCCUUACGAGGCAGUCAUGGAGUCACAUGAGAGGACACAGUCACUAAUCCAAGGUCUUCUUGACCAGAGACAGGGCCAACUGGAGGAUGGAGAGGCUCCCGAGCUAUCGGUCGAUGACAUCAAGGGAGCGGCUGCGGCCGUGUAUGCUGCUGGCCAGGACACGACCUGGAGCACGCUCAUUGUCUUCAUCCUGAACAUGGUACUACACCCUGAGACCCAGGACAAGGCGCAGCACAUGCUAGACGAAGUAGUCGGGAGAGAGAGACUUCCGACAUUUGACGACCGGGAGAAGCUCCCAUACUUGGACUACAUCGUCCAGGAAACGCUGAGGUGGUGUCCAGUGUCGCCGGUCGGGGUCCCCCACCGGUCGCUGGAGGAUGAUUUGUACGAAGGCUAUUUUAUCCCAGCCGGCUCACUCGUGUAUGCCAACGCGAGGGCCAUGACGCACGACAGCAGAGUCUACAGCAACGUGGACGAAUUUGACCCGGACAGAUUCCUCCCCACAGCCGAGGGUGGGAGAGGCGAGCCGCUACCUGCUGGGCAGUUUGGCUUUGGGCGCAGAGUCUGCGUGGGGAAGCAUCUGGCCGAGGCAAAUGCCUGGAUUGUCAUCGCAUCCAUGCUCAGCACGAUGCGGAUUGAACGAGCCAAAGACGACGCCGGGAGAGAACUUGAGCCGCAAGUUGAGUUGACGAAUGGGUUGACGAGCCAUCCGAAGAAAUUCCCUUGUCGGAUCGUGCCGCGGGAUGACCGAAGCAAGUCUGCCAUCGAUCUGAGGCUAUGCUCAGUGAGGACGUAG